CGCAAGAUGGCUGCCAAUUUAUGUGAACGCAAGGACAUGUAGAAAAGUGUUAUCCGUUUGUGAUAUUCUGUUUUUUAUUGUGAUAAUAUCUUUAUAUAUAUUAUCUUUGUAUUUAGUGUAUGUGAUUAAAAAGUUGGUCAGUGCAAUUUGUUAUGAGUUAUCAAUGAUUAAAAAGUCAUUUGUGCAAUACGUUGGAUGGCUAAAAUGUUCAGUGUUAAAGUGUGAUUAUUUAUGCAGUGAUUGUCGUUUUUGGAUCGCUAUGACGCUUGUUGUUGGAUGAUACCUGUUUUAUCACUGAAGCGGCCAUGGAGAAGGCGAAGGCCUACAUAAAGAGCUCGCUUGGCGCUUCAAAACCAGCGUCGCCGUCGUUGGAGAAACCGUGCGCCCCGCCGGACGAAGUGCGAGUGUGCUUCGUCUGCGGCGGUGCCGGGUUCAGUGACUCUUACACCGUGAGGGUCAAGCCCGAUGCCCAGACCUCGGAGCCUUACUUCCCGUUCCUGGGUGCGCACGCGCCGCCUACCGGGUACCGGGCCGACGGCGAUGAGGACGGCACAGUGAGAUGCUGCUGCGUCUGCUACACGUUCCUCAGGCAGCAGUGGGAGCAGUACGACAGGGAGAACAAGCCGCACAGCCAGCGGUUCUACUGGAUGAAGAGGCUGGACGGCAAGCCUUUUAUUGGUGCGGACAUGUCCUUCCAAGGGGAGUACGCGGCGCAAGUGCUCGGGCUGCCGGGGGAGCCGGCGCCGGCGUCCCCGCGGCCCGGCUCGCGGCCGGCGUCCCGCGCGCUGUUCUCAGAAACGCCCGCCCCCACGCCCGCAGCCCCCGAGAAGGAGAAUCAUCAGACGAAGUUUAAUAACGUUAAUCAGCGGUACAAUAACGCCGCCGGGGAAGAGGAAGGCGUGCUGGACCUCCGGGCCAGGGACCCGUCCGUCAUCUCCGUGGGCUCCCAGCACUCUGGAGUUUCUGAGCCGGCGGGGUACCUGGACGCUGUUAGGUCGACUGUGUCCGUCUACUCGGGUAACUCCAAUUCGAGUUCAGAUCGGGACAUUCUCGAUCUUUCGAUGCCCGACAAGAACUCCAUGACGGAAGUGUGUUACGUGUGCGGGGAUGAGUAUAAACGUGGAACGCUGUACAAUCUACACACUAAAGAGCCAAAGGACAAGUCGAAUAAACAACCCUACUUCCCAAUAUUCGGGGAGCAGCACCCGCGCCCGCCGCGGUCGAGGCCCAAAGACGCCCAGGGCACAGUCAGGGCGUGCGCCGCCUGCCAUCAUCACCUGCUGCAGCAGUGGAACACUUACCAUAUGCGCGGCGUGCCCGCCAACGAGCGCGUGUACACGCUGCGCACGCGGCCGCCGUCGCUGCUGCCGCCGUCGCCGCUGAGCCUGGCCAGCUCGGGCGACAAGUCGCUGGCCGCGCACGCGCACUCGCCGUCGCUGGAGCGGCCCGCCAGCCAGCCGGCCGCGCCGCCCUCCACCGCCACGUUCGUGUGCUAUGUGUGCGGCGUGGGCGCGCCCAGCUCGCAGCUGCGGCUGGUGUACUGCUGCCCCAAUCCCGAGCGGGAGCCGUACUACCCGUUCAUCACAACGCUCAAGCCGCACCAAGAUGCCAGCCCUAUUAGUCCUCAAGGUAUGGUGCAAAUCUGCGCGUCGUGUUACAAGAGUAUUCCGCUCAAGUAUCCGGCGUACGGCGAAAACGGCGAACCCAAUCCGGCUCAUAGUAACUCACAUUCUAAUAAUAUUCGGUUUAAGCCUUACGACAUGAAGAGCACAAGUUCAAACCAGCCAAACAAGAGGCCGUCGAAUGCGCUCGCCAGCAGUCCCGGCCAACUCGUCUCCGGGGAGAACGGCAUGGGAUUGUAUAGAUGCUACGUGUGCGCCGGCCUGUUCCCCCAGCAGUCCAUGGAGUGGCUGUCCACCACCGCCGAGUACAUGAACUCGCACGCGAUGCACUUCCCGUGCCUGGCGGGCGGCGGCGCGGCGGGCGGCGCGGGGAGCGGGGCGGGCGGCGGGGCGGGCGCGCGCGGCGGCCGCGUGCUGGCGUGCGCGCGCUGCGUGCGGCACCUGGCGCGCCAGUGGGAGCUCAUGGACGCCGAGAGGGUGCCGCUGGAGCACAGGAGAUAUAAUAUCCCAUCGCCACUGCCUUCCAACUCCUCCGUGAACGGAGAGAGAGUUAUCCCCACCCCGCCUUCUACGACGUCCGAUAGGACCGUUGCAAGUAAUAACGCGUGCACGUCAAUAUACUGUUUCCUCUGCGGGCUGCACUCGGACUUCACGCUGGCGCGGAUCCUGUACGGCCAGCCGCAGGGGAACGCGCCUUACUUCCCUUGUCUACUUACGCAUCAGAGUCACCCCAACGCCGAGCAGCUGAGAGAGAACGGCUCGGCUCUAGUCUGCACAUUCUGUUACCAUUCGCUGCUCAGUCAGUGGAGGCGGUUCGAGUCCGCGGGCGGGUACCCGGCGGAGCGGCGCGUGUACAACACGCACGACUACCACUGCCACCUGUGCGGCAUCAAGACCUACCGGAAGCGGGUGCGGGCUCUGCCUAUCAAGGAAUUCCCAUUUUUAGUGCAAAGGCGGACUGAAAACUCUUUAUUAUUAGAAAAUGGCGACUACGCCGUUGUGUGUUUAGAUUGUUACGAAAGUUUAAGAACGCAAGCGCAGGACUACGAGCGGCGCGGCGUGCCGGUGGAGAAGCGCGAGUACAACUGGCUGCAGCAGCCGCCGCCGCCCGAGGACAGCGCCGACGUCACCAUCGCGCGGCUGCCCUCCGGCGACCGCUCCGACAAGCUGAUACCCCAAUCGUUAGUGAUGUCGCGCAACUCGUCGAAACGGAACAGUCCAAAGCAGCCGUCGGUGGUCGUCAGCGACCGGAGGAUGGCGACGCCCAAGUUGGAGAAGCCAGAUUCAGGCGUGAGCGCGAACAAGAUAGCUAAGCGCACAGAGCUGAGCACGCCCAACAAGGGCGGCCCGUUCGCGGCGGCGCUCCGCACGCUGGCCAAGAACGCCGGCCCCGACUGCAAGGACGGCUCGAGUGCGCCACCGACGGAGCGAGACGGCAAGGAGAAACCGCCGCCGGCGCCCGCGAAACGUGCGUCCCCCCACCACCUGCCCACCAGCGGGUUCCAGCCGUAUAGACCUGAUGAUAGCCUUGCCCACAGACUGUCGCACCCCGCCGCCGCCUCAUUCCCCCUGCUCGAGCCGAGCGCGUACUCGCACUACGCCCACCCGAGCCUCUACUCAAACGCGGCUCUGCAGUAUAGGCUAGCGGCCGAAGAGCAAAUGUACCUGGAGCGCGUGUUCCGCAGCGGCGUGGGCGUGGGCUGGCUGCCGCCGUACGCGCUGUACCCGCCGCUGGCGCCGCCGCUGCCGCUGGUGGCGCACGCGCACGCGCACCACGCGCACCACGCGCCGCACGCGCACGACGACCGCGAGAAGGAGAUGGCGAUGCAGCGCGAGCGCGAGAGGGAGCGGGAGAGAGAGCGCGAGCGCGAGCGCGAACAACGCGAGAAGGAGCAGCGCGAGCGCGAGCGCCUGCAGCGGGAGAAGGAGGCGCGCGCGCGGGAGGCGCUGCGCGACGAGCGCGCCUUCGCGGCGCUGCACCCGCUGGCGCCGCACCUGCUGCCGCCGCCCGGCUACGCGCUGCCGCGCCCGCUGCUGCCGCCGCCGCUGCUCUACCGCCCCUACCGGCCCUACGCGCCCUACGAGCGCGCGCCCGACGCCGCGCCCGCCGCCCCGCCCGCCGCGCCCGCCCCGCCCGCCGCGCCGCUCGACGAGCCCAAGGACGAGCCGCGAGGUGAGGACCCGCCGCCCGACCAGCCCGCGCCCGCGCGCGCCGCCUCCCCGCCGCUCGCGCCCGCGCCCGCGCCCGCCCCGGCGCCCGUCUGACCGGAGCGCGGACGCGUACUGACGGAACUCUGAGCCAGAUAGCCUGACGAUUAUAAGAAAAUAAAAAAAAAAACGACGUUCUUUUUUCGAACGUCGAUACUCUGACUCGACCCAUAAAUUUGAAUUUACAAAUGGAACGUUUCGAAUUGUAAGCGUAGAUUUGUAUUUAUGCAGUGUAAAGACUUCUAUAUUUGAAAUUUAAAUGUCCCACGUUAUUUUUUAAGGGUGAACUGUCGACUUGAUUACCUAAAGGCGACCUCGACUGACUGACCGCUUCACACCGGCUUAGUCGGAAUGUGCUAUUUCGAUGUAAAAAAAUAUAUAAAGUUUUCAUCACGAAAACGUUUAGUACAAAGCUUGGAAGUAUUAUUUUCAAAAUUUACAAUGACUAAGCCGGUCCCUUAUUAUUCGAACGCAUAAGUUCCUACUUGAUUUGUCUACAUGUAUUAUGGUGCACUAUAGUAAAGCUUAGACGCCGGUACAUUCACACCGUAUAGCGUUAACUGAUCAAAUUAAAAUGUAUACUGCCUGGAGCAGAAUUGUAGAUAGGGCAGCGACUAUUUAAAAUUAUAUGUAUAAUUUUAGUCAUUAAUCUAAUUGAUAGAUUUAUAUACUUUUGACGGAUUGGUAAAGGACGGAUGCUGUUAUGAAAGAGAUGACGAUAACUUGAAUUUUGAUCGUUGUACUAACAACCAAUUUCAAAGUUUGAUAAGAAUUAAGAAAUAAUGUAAUAAUGGUAAAAUAUUUGCAUUUUAUUGUGUGAUAUUUUUUCACAUUUUUUGUCAAACUCUAUUAAAUGAUGAUUUGAUUUUGAUUCGCAAUUAUAAGGUAUAAAAGCAAUUUUAUAUGGACAAUUUUUAUUUGUUAUAAUUUUCUAUUAACAUAUUAUAAAUCAGAAUUUUGACGCAUUUUCUUGUUAAUUUUGACAUUAAUCAAUGACCAAACUUGGUAUAUUUGGUCUCGAAUUGUAUCAGCUGUGAUCUUUUUGAAAAAAAAUAAUUAUAUACUUAAUCAAAAUCAUGGAUAACAAUUGUUCGCGAAAAUAUUGUAAUUCACGCUCAAUAGUUUAAAACUAUAUUGUAUAAUAAAAUUUCAAAAACUGUUCUUACUUAAACGGCCUUAAAAUUUAUUAUCCAUUUUCUACGAAUUUUGUAACUUUUGACUUGGUUGACACAAAUUUAUUAUACCUGCUAUAUGCUAUAAUUUGGACAGCUAAUUCGUUGUCUUACAAGUUAAUAAAAUUCGUGAAAAUAUGGUUUUUAAUAAUGUUGAAAUUUCUCAAUUUCUAAUGCUAUUGUCGUCUCGUUCUUGACAGGGCUGUGAAUUGAAUUUAACAAUCUAGUUAUGGCUAGUUUACACGAGCGUAGUGCUAAACACUUUGUAACGCUGCUAAAGUUUCGUUUCAUUUCGAAGCCUCCCAAUUUAAGUGAAAUACUGUAUUGAAGCUUAUAUAUAUCGACUGAUGAUAUGCUUGUAAUAUUUUAUUUCUUGAAUAGCGAUUUGUGUACACUCAAAUUUAGUAAACAUUUUUACGAAGUAUUUCAGUAAGUGCAUAGUCACUAAACUCGCAUAAACUAGACGCUAAGUAUGUACGUCUAUAAUGCGCACACGCAAAACAUACAACGUUGGAGAUUGUUUUUUGUAUAGUUAUCGCUGGUAUUAAGGAAAUUAUAUUUAUACCAAAGCGAAUAAGUUUUAGGCAGCCGAAUUGUAUACUAUAGUUUGUGUGAGUGUUGCCAUCUUAUAAUUUCUUUUAGAAAUCAGAUGGCAACACUGAAAUCUGCAGUGUUGUAUGAUAUUUGUGGUGCGAUAUACUGUGGUAAUAUGACACGUACUGUCUUGAUCGUUUUCGUCGGAAAAUUUAUGUAAUAUAUUUAAUGAAAAAUGAUUAAUUUUUGUCACAAUUUUGGCUUCGUUUACAGUUAUAAUGUGAAAUCUUAUUUACGGUUAUUAUUAUUAUUAGUAAAUUUUGUAUAUCGCCUAAGAUUCUUUGUGGAACUUUUCUUCAAAAGGGCCUGCUUAUUUUUAAAAUUAUGUUUGAUUUAAAUUUGUCUAAACUAUCAUAUAUGGUAUACAUUUAUAUUGUAAUUAUGUCUAUACCGAUGGAUAUUUUUUUAAACUUAUUAAUAAAUGAGGAUAUUUUUCCAUUCAUACAAAAUAUUGUUAAUUUUUACGUUAAAUUAUUAAGUAUUGAAGCGUAUUUGAAAACAAAAAAAAUUUCUUACAACGUUUUGAAUUUCUCGAGUGAACGAUCAAGACCGCUCGGUCGGCUUUAACCAUGUACGAAUUUUUGUAUGUAAUUAUAUUAAAAUCGACCGGCCGGGGUCCUAGUUAUAGUCGGCUCGUGCAAUCAGCUUCGGAAUAUCGUGUCUACUGCAUAUGUGAUAAGACUUAAUUUCCCGCAGUAUUCGACCCCGGGCCUCGACUGCGAUGUUCAACAUUGUCCAAGUUUUAUAACAAAUUAAACCUCUUUAUACGUUAACUUAGAUAGUUAUUAAUUUAGCUCGUAAUAGGUGUUCAAUUAUUUUCUUGUUUUAUUAUUAAAAAAAAAAGUUUUUUUUUUUUUUUUCAACGAGAAAGCAGCAUUUAGUGGGCCGCCGUGCCGUGUAAAUAUUUAAUAGUUAGAUAUGAUAUGGACAAUACCUAACAAGUGAAAAAAUAUGAUUUUAUUGAAAUACAUUCAAUGGAAUUAA